AUGGAAAAAUCAAAGAACUUCAGGAUCGACGCCCUUCUGGCUGAAGAACCACAUCGAGGGACCCGAGAAGUAUCACCUGGACUGAGCAGCGACAGCAUGACGGGCAGCCCGGUGUCUUGCAGGCGCGGCGACACUCCAUCCCCGCGCGGGACCCACGGUGCCAUACACCUCCAAACCGGAAUCCUACCUAAACCUGGGCUGCUCAAUCUCCCACACCCAGGACUCACUUCGUUUCCAGGCAUGUACACGACGCCCAUGUACCCCAUUUCAGCGUUGGGAAGUCAGCACCCUGCCCUGGCGUACUCGGGUUUUACGCAGCUGACGCAGCCGUACCCUGAGCAGCUGAAGGCGGCGGCGAUGGCCGGAUCUUUACCGCUGGAGCACUGGAUACGAGCUAGCAUCAUGGUACCACGACUGCCCGAAUACACCUCCGCCCCCCAGUCCGGUUUGAUGGGUAAAUGUCGUAGGCCGCGGACAGCAUUCAGCAGUCAACAACUACUGGAGCUGGAAAACCAGUUUAAACUUAACAAGUACCUUUCCAGACCCAAACGCUUCGAAGUGGCCACAUCGCUCAUGCUGACCGAGACACAGGUCAAGAUCUGGUUCCAGAACCGCAGAAUGAAGUGGAAACGCAGUCGUAAGGCUAAAGAACAGGCCGAGGUCGAUCGUCAACGUGGGGGAACCAAAUCGACCAAUGAGAGGCCAGGAAGGGACAGUCGCAGGGCCAUCGCUCAGAGUGUGGAGGAGCACGAGGAAGAGGAUGAUAUUGAGGAGGAGGAUGAGGAAGAUGAGGAGGAAGGGCAACACAAAUUCAUUAACGACAACCUUAAUGUACCACAUUCCACAGACUUUCUACACCACGCGUCUGCGUUAAGAUACCACCCCGACAGCCCGUUCUCUGAGGACGACAUGGAGGAGGUGGGAGGAGGCGACAGGAAGAUUGGGGCAGGGUUAUGA